AAUAAAUGGUUGUCCGCCAACUAUGCCCACAUCCCUUGAGAGAACAUUUAAAAACUACUCACCAUAAGCCUAGUAUGCCAAAUAUGUCAGUAAGGAUCCUGUCCAUUGUAAAGCAACUAUUCUACAUUUGGACAUUGAAGGCCCACCCAGAGUAGAUUUGGGCUCUUACUAACUUUAUGAAGGCUUCCAAGCUGUGUCCAACAUGGAGGAGUACCGUGUCAUCAGCUGCAGAAAGGCAAUAGUUGUAAUCAGCGAGAGGCUCCCAUGACCAUUUGUUGUCAUGACACUGGGCUACAGUCAGCCCAAUCAAUAAGCCAGCACUUGUCACCCAUCCCUAAUCAUUCAGAGGGAAGUUAAAAUUUAACCACAAUGCUGUGGGCCUGGAGUCACACAUAGGCCAGACCAGAUAAGAAUGAAAGAUUUCCUUCCCUAAGUGAUGUUGGUGAAUUACUCGGGUUUUUACUACAACUGAUAUGGGUUACAUAAUCACCAACAAACUAGCCAUCUAUUCUAAAUUGUCAGUGAAUUCAAUUCAUAUUUCCCAUCUACCAUGCUGGAGUUUAAGCCCAUGUGCCCUGGAGUUCAGGAUUACUAGUCCAAUGACAUUACCAGGACACCAUCACCUCUCCUGGGUGUACCCUCCCAAUGGAAUAGGACAUAAGCCAAGAUGGUGGCUGAGGUAUCAGGGAUACCGUGUAUGAAUGACAGUGUCAGGUUGCUUACUUUUCCUACAGUUUUGGGAUGUGUACCCAGAUAUUAGUGAGGAGGACUUUGAGGGUUGACUGGCUGGGUGUGCCAUUAUCGUUUUCUACUGUUGAUGUUCAUGCUGGAUCCUGCAUUUAGCUUUAUCCUUAUUUAAUUUUUCUGUUUUUGGUUUGAAACAAUCGGGUGACUUCCUAGGCUAUUUCAUAGGCACUUGUGUGUAAAUGAUAUUACUGUGAGUCUUGAGUUAUAUCUAGGUCAACUGGAUAAGGAUAAUAGAUUUAAAUUCCAGCUGACAUUAGUGAUCUAGAGUUUUUUGUUUAAAUAGUCCAAGUCAGGUUUGUAAGUAACUUGGAGGGCACCUUAGAUGGGAGAUAGCCUUUUCUUAAAUUUACUAAUAUUUUUAAAUUGCUCCAGUCGGUGUGGUAAAGAAUAAACUUUUGUCCCCAAAGCAUUAAUCCAAGCAUCUGGAUCAUUAGCCCAAUUACAUUGCUGUUGUGUUAUCAUUCUGUUUAGUGGCCAUUGCGGAGGCAGAUUCAGACUGCAAGGGCCUUUGGCCAGUAAAGAAGACUCCCAAAACACAUGGAGACAUUGGGAUGGAGAAGAAACCCUUCCAUAGGCCCAGUCACCGGUAGCUGUGCAGGAUGUCAUUGUGAGCCUCCACAGGGUUGCCUUUCCAGUUGUGGGAUUUAACCAGAAAACCCCAGUGAUCUACAUAAUUGGCUGACGUUUAUUUGAAGCUUGCUGUCCCUGAGUAUUGCUGGAUGAAGUGAUUUCUGGAGUCAAUAUGGAUUCUGAUGUGCUGACGCUUUGUAUUUGCUGUGGACAGCCGCACCUUCCUCAGGAAAAUCAUUCAUAUGAUUACCAGGAUGAAAUCGACGAUGAUCUCAUAUGUCACAUCUGCCUCCAACCUUUGGUGCAACCACAGGAUACACCAUGUGGUCACACUUAUUGUACGUUAUGCCUUACUAAUUUCCUAUUGGCCAAAGACUUCUGUCCCAUGGAUAGGAAGCCCUUGUGUAUGAAGGUGUGCAAGAAAUCAAGCUUCCUAGUGCAGAAGCUGCUGGAUAAAUUAAUGGUUGCCUGUCCAUUUAAAGAACACUGCACUGAAGUAAUGCAGCGCUGCGAAGUAGAACUUCAUCUUCGUCGCAAGUGCAAAGGGGCAAUCCAAUGUGGCCUUUUAGGAGAACGCAAGAGACAUUCACGAGAAGAUUCUUCGACAAGUGACACAGGUUUUGACUGUGGGGCUAUGGUGGAUGACAAUGAGAUGGCCACACCGGUACUGUCUCCACAACUGUCAGCAACUGCAGCUGUGGACCUGCAGACGAAUGACCCAGUUCCGAUGAAUCCAGAAUGUGUUGCAAAUGCAGAGGACAGCCAGACAGAAAGCAAUUGCAGUGCCCACAGCAAGAAUAGUGUCAAGAAACACCAACCUUUAGAACGCACUCCUUUGAGAAGCAGAUCCUUUAAAAAGCUGCAUCGUGCUUUCAGCUAUCUCCGUAAAGCCAAUGUUCCGAAUCCAGUUGACAGUGAUACUGGAGAGGAUAUGCAGACUGCUGCACUUCCUGAAGAAGUGUUCCCCAGACGACAUCAUUUAAUUCCAGAUGGUGAAGUUACAAGCAUCAAGAUUAAUCUUUCUAAUGCAAAUGAAAGCCUUGGCAUUGCUAUUGUGGGAGGAUGUGAAACUCCUUUGGAGAAUAUUGUCAUACAAGACAUUUAUCGAGAUGGUGCCAUUGCUAAAGAUGGCAGACUUUUACCAGGGGACAUGAUUCUAGAGGUAAAUGGUACUGACCUAAGCAGUGUACCUCACAGCUAUGCUCUGGCAAUAUUGAAACAGCCCUGCCAUAUCCUGAUACUGAGUGUGCUCCGGGAACAGCUCUUUAAAUGCAGACGCGUUGUUGAUCGUAUCUGCUCCCGAGAUGAUAGCUUCCACGUUAUUCUCCACAAGAGUGCAAAUCAGCCUCUGGGAAUAAAGCUGGCCCGUAGGCCUGAUGAAGCUGGGGUUUUUAUUUAUAGAUUACUUGAUGGAGGCCUGGCAGCCCAAGAUGGCCAGCUCCAAGUGAAUGACAGAAUACUGGCUGUCAAUGGACAUGAUCUCCGGCGUGUGUCUCCUGAAAUUGCAGCACAUUAUAUACAGGUGAGUGACGAUCGAGUACAUUUUGUUGUGUCGCGAAAGACCAGGGAACAGACCCCUGAUAUCUUGCAAGAAAGUGCUUGGAAUGGCAGCAUUCAAAUCAGCCCUGCAGUACGAAACAUGCACAACAAGAACUUUGGUCAUGUCUUCACGUGCCACGAAAAGAUCAUCAGUGUUAGCAAAGGAGCUCAUGACACCUUGGGGAUGACAGUUUCAGGAGGCCUGUUAAGCAAAGGCUGGGACCUCCCGAUCUAUGUUACAAACGUACAUCCUGACAGCUGCCUGGGGAAUGAUGGCAGAAUAAAGAAGGGUGACAUUUUGUUGGAUAUAAACGGCAUUGAACUAACUGGCUUGACACAAAGUGAAGCAGUAUCCAUCAUAAAGAAUAGUGCUGCCUCCUCUUCAGUUGUUUUUAAAGCUUUAGAACUGAGGCUGGCAGAAAAAGACAAUGUCCAUAGCCAAAUGCCUUUCAAUACCAAUCAAGACACAUUGUCUGAAGAUGACUGGUCACCAUCAUGGAACAUGUGGCUUGGAUUGCCUCGGUACCUUUUUUGGUGCAAAGACAUUGGACUGAGAAGAAAUACAUCUGGAAGUCUGGGAUUGAGCAUUGUCGGUGGAUAUGAGGAAAACAAUGGGAGUCAACCAUUCUUCAUAAAAUCCAUUGUUGAUGGAAUGCCAGCUUACAAUGAUGGAAGACUGAGGUGCGGAGAUAUGAUUUUGGCCGUCAAUGGAAAGAGUACGUCAGGAAUUAGUCAUCCAUGUCUGGUGAAGAUGCUGAAGGAAGCAAGAGGAAAGGUUACGCUCACUGUGGUGUCCUGGCCUGGUAGCCACCUAUAGAUUAGUUACAUCAACUUGUCAUGAAAAGAACCACAAAGGCUACUAAUUCAGCGUAGACGCAAUAAACAUUGAAAUGGCUUUAUAUAUUUCUGACAAGUUGUAAAGCUUACUAGCAUCUUCAGGAGUUCCUUUGCUUUUUAAAUUAAUAUUUUCAGAUAAAAACUCUUAGUUUAAGCACUCAGACUGGAUAUUUAAAAAUGAUUAAGGAAUUCAAAUUAGUCAAUGCAUCUUAUUCAUGCAAUUCUAAUCCAGUUGCAGAGGGAUUAAAAUGUUCACAAGUUUAUUGUAAUUUUAAACACAAGUUUUGCUGGUGAAUGCAUUUUCUUAAACUGAUGCUUCAAAUGUUGUGGCAAACUUUCAGUAAAAUCAG